AGUACAAUAGCCGUAUUAGUCCGGAGGAAAGCCCCAGCAGUGAGCUGCGCUGGUAUAUGCUGGUCAGCUGACGAUUUACUGCUUUUCAGCUGGUCAUGAUGGUUCAGGAGACUUGGUGCUGGGUGAGGAGCUGGUUAAACUGGUCCAAGAAUAAACAAGUCCAUUAAAAACCUCUUUAAUGUAAAGUUCAUUUUGAAUGCUGUAAACCUUGUGUUAUUUACCUACUGGCUGCCCAGUAAAAUGCCAGCGGAUGUUUUUUCCAAUUCGCAACUUAGCUGUUCAUUUCAGCAGGGUAUCACUCUAAAAACAAUGCCUCCAGAAGAACAGUCCAAGCAGUAAAGAUGAUACCAUAUUUAUAUCGAGCGAUUUUCAUACUAGGAUCACAUGUAGUGAGACAUAACGAAAUUACCAUAUUAGUGUUUAUUUACUACAUGGCGAAAAAGCUAUUUGACCUGAGAGAGGGAACACCAACGGCAACUUCUGCAUCAAAAGAAUGGGGAAGAAAACGACAAGUACAGAUACUGAACCCGUUUGAUGUCAGGUUGCUUCUUCUCCCCUUCACUCCACCCACCUCAUGCGUUGCAUGCACCGAUGUUGACAACAGCUCCCUACAUUUCUUGUUUCCAACGAGCAGCCUCACAGUGAAACAACGCUGGAGGAUCCUCCCUUCAGCUUUAAAGAGAGAAAACCACAGUAUGAUUAGAACACACCGACGAGCAACCCAAGCAGUUUUGAGAAACCAUGCAGUGAGCGGCUUCCAGUCUUCAUCAGGCAAACAUGGGAGAUGUUAUAUUAGCUGCAAUUAGCGCUUCAUUGCAGAGUUAACAAUCCUUUAGGGUUCCGCAGCUGAUCAUGGCAAAGCAGUAUGAUGUUUUAUUCAGACUGCUCCUGCUUGGUGACUCUGGGGUUGGGAAAACGUGUUUGCUGUGCAGAUUCACAGACAAUGAAUUCCACUCUUCGCAUAUUUCUACAAUAGGGGUUGACUUUAAAAUGAAGACAGUAGAAGUAGAUGGAAUCAAAGUAAGAAUACAGAUAUGGGACACUGCAGGGCAGGAGCGUUACCAGACCAUCACCAAACAGUAUUAUAGACGAGCCCAGGGAAUCUUUUUAGUCUAUGACAUCACAAGCGAACGAUCCUUUCAACACAUCAUGAAGUGGGCUAGUGAUGUAGACGAGUACGCCCCUGAAAAGGUUCAGAAGAUCUUGAUUGCGAACAAAGCAGACGAGGAACAGAAAAGGCAGGUGGCCACCGAGCAGGGCAUCAAGCUGGCAAAGGAAUAUGGGAUGGACUUCUUUGAGACAAGUGCCUGUACCAAUUACAAUAUUAAGGAGUCAUUCACUCGCCUGACAGAACUAGUUCUACAGGCCCACAAGAAGGAGCUGGAUGUGUUACGAGUGUCCUUCAAUGAUGAACUGAGCAUAGCAGAGUUGGAGGACGAGGAGGGCAAAGGGGACGGACACGGCAACUCUCAGAAAACCUGCUGGUGUUAGGAAACAGACUGGGAGCACUGGGGUACCUCUGGCACUGCAGCUGCUUUCCAGCUCAACCUCACACAUGCUAAAAUGAAACAUCUGAUUAGCAAUGGUGUUCUGUGGUUUUUUGUUUUUUUUAGUCCAGAGAAUUAGCUGCUUUUUUAACUGUUUGCUCAUCCGCUGUCUAUUUUCUUAUAGUUAUUUUGGUGUCAUUUAUUUCAAACCAGUUAUCUACACAAUAGCCCAGAUAAGACUACUACUGCCAUUUUAACCUAUGUUUGUUUUUUCCUAUGAUGAAAUGUAUACAUCCAUUGAUCAUAAAACAGAAGAACAGUAAUCCUUCUGUAGAGCGCGCUCAGAUUAAUCGUGUUCUCAGCUUUAACGCGCAAUCUUUUUUGGUUUUUUGUUUGUUUUACCCAGGUGCAGUUACUUUCUGUGCAAGUGUGUUCUACAUUAUUGUCAGUGUUUUGGGAAAUGGGACUACGAUUGAAAAUACAUUCUUGAGUCUUGAUGUAUUUUCCCAAAUAUUGCAGUGCUUUUCAUAACUGGUUGUCCAAUGUGUGUGUGUGUGUGUGUGUAUAUAUAUAUUGUAACCAAGCUGGCCGUAAUUUGGGUUCGUGCCCCUUUA